GCCCGCGGUGAUACAAACAAUGUCAAAACAUGUUUUGACUAAACUCGCUAUAUAAUUCACUGGCCUUGUUUACAAUACAUCAGUGCGCUACUACACUUUACUCUGCAAGUCUGCAACAAUCUGUCUACUGAAUAAAAGACAUCUGCAUCUUAUUUUGUGACAUUGAGCAAAACUAUAAAAAUAAUACAGGAAGUGGGAACGUUACUCAUCUCUAGUGAAAGUGUUGUUACCUGUUGGAAUUGGAACUGUGUCGUAUGGUCACUGUACUGUGGUGUUCCAUUAAACGUGAAAACUUGAGAAACAAUUUGUGUAAAUUAAAAAACGGACGUGUAGAAGUCAUAAAUGAAAUUAUCAAUAAAAAAUAAGAUAUUAAUUUAGUGCUGUAUAAUUAUAGGCAUUAUAAAAAUAGUUUUAUUAUGAAACAUAAAAUAGCACACAUUUGAAGUGUAACAAAGUACGUGUUACGAAACGUAUUAGAUUUGUUUUGAUUUGCUUAGGUUGGUAGAACUGUGCGGAGAUCGUACGAUACUACGUCACUGUGAAAUUGUCAUUGAUUUAUUUAUAUUUUGCGAAUUUUACUCGCAGCCUCAAGGUUUUGCGCUAAAUUCGCACAUUCCCAUUCAGUGGCUCGGUGGAAGCACACGACGCUUUGAUAAAGAAUACUUUGUGCAAACUAUCGAGUUGACAUUUACUGUUUAUUUGAGACAAAGAGUGACGUGACCUGGUGUAGUCGGGCAGACCGCGGCAUAUUAUUGUGCUGAUGUACACAUACGUGUUGGUGCGGUGCUAGUGUCCCCAUCCCCAGUAAUAGUGCUGUCGCUGGCGAGAUGUCGUCGCUGGGCGGUCAGUGGCGCGUGAUCCGCCACUACCUGUCGCUGACCAACAUGCAGGCCGAGGUGGAGAAGUUGGUGCAGAAGAUCAAGCCCGCCACGCCCGAGCAGUGGGACAAUUUAAUACGGAAGUUUGAGAAGGUGGUGUCAGCUCGACUGACUCCCGCAGCUGAAGCUGAGAAGACGGCCGCGGCUGCAACUGAUAAAGUAAAAGCAUCCACAGUUGAAGACACAGAACCUAAAGCCUCCGUACAGGAAGUAAGCAAGUCUCCGACUAGACAAGUGCCAGAGAGUAAGUCCAAGGAGACUGGAGCCCCGAGCAUGGGCUCUGAGAUGAAGGAGUUGUCCAUGGAGAGCUUGCUUCAAGGACUCCGACUCAAGAAGGAUACCACACUCGGCAAGAUAUCAGAGCCCACCUGGAAGGAACAGAAACACUCCGUCUCCAAGUCGUCGAUCCACUCGCGCACGGCGUACGUGAUCAGCGCGGUGGUGGCGGCGGAGAGCAAGGAGAGCGUGCUCACUCGCUGCGAGCGACUCGUUGAACAUCUGCACGACUACCCCGAGGCCAGGGACUAUGCCAUCAAGGAGGGCGCGGUGCGAGCGCUGCUCCGCGUGCGGCACGGCCUGGACGCGCAGGAGCCGCUCGCGCGCGACAUACACGGCGUCGUCAACGAGGCGCUGGCGCUGGUGGGGUACUGCGGGCCGCCGCGGGGCCCGGGGCCCAACAUACUGGCGCUGGACGGCGGCGGCAUCCGCGGCAUCAUCGCCAUAGAGAUGUUACGGCACCUCGAGCGACUCACCGGCCGCCGCGUCACCGAACUCUUCGACUACAUCGUCGGCGUCAGCACCGGCGCCAUCAUUGCUGCCGUGCUCGGCAGCGGCGCCAGCCUCGACACCGCCCGCCACAUGUACUACACGCUGUCCAGGGAGAUGUUCGGGAACACGUCGCUACUGGGAGGCGGCGCGCGACUGGUGUGGACCCACUCGUACUACGACACGGCGGCCUGGGAGCGCAUGUUGCAGGACAACCUCGGGGACUGCACGCUCACGCAGUGCAACCGGAACAACGCGCCCAAGCUGGCGGUGGUGUCGUGCGUGGUGAACGCGGGGUCGCGGCUGACUCCGUUCCUGUUCCGCAGCUACGAGGCGGGCUGGCGCCGCCGCAGCGUGUUCCCGGGCACGUCGCGCGCGCGCCUGUGGGCGGCCGUGCGCGCGUCGGCGGCCGCGCCCACGUACUUCGACGAGUUCCGGCUGGACGGCCUGCUGCACCAGGACGGCGGCAUCAUGGUCAACAACCCGGCCGGCGUGGCGCUGCACGAGGCGCGCCUGCUGUGGGGCGGCGCGGGCGCGCGGGGGGGGGCGCUGGUGUCGCUGGGCACGGGCCGGGCGCUGGCCGCGCGCUCCGACUACCGCCGCAUGGCGCCGCGGGACGCGCCCGCGCCCACCUCCUGGAAGGACAAGUUCAACAAGAUCCUCGACUCCGCCACCGACACUGAAGGCGUGCACCAGGUCCUGAACGACUUGCUCCCGGAGGGCAGCUACUUCCGCUUCAACCCGCCUCUGAUGCAGGAGUGCGCGAUGGACGAGAUCGACUCGGCCAAGUUGGACAGUAUGGUGGUGGACACGGCGGCGUACAUCCGCCGCAACCAGUACAAGUUCCAGCGCGCCGCCGCCAUGUUGACUCGCCCGCGACCUCUCCUGCAGCGAGCUAUCGACCUCGCCACGCACCGCGCGCAGCUCGCCGGCGCGGUCGCCUACUGACGCAGGGACAGCGCUGUGGCGAGCCAAACUCUGCAGUAGCUCGCCGCAGCGACCGACCACGCUGUGAUAGUGUCGGGUUGUGUACUCCGCGUACUGACAAUGUUUAGUGCUGGACUUUUCCCCGGGAAAAGUAGCUUGGCAUUAAGUUGCGCUGAAUGUUGUAGUUAAGUAUAAUAAUAACGAAGCAAUAUUAUAGUUAGGAGUGUUCACAUACAAUGUGUCCACAUCGAAUAGUGUCACACACACAUGUAUACAUAUAGAUAUUAUUGUAAAUACUUCCUCUAGCUAGUACAUGGUAGUGGCGGCUGAAUGUAUCCCUCGCAUUCGCAUAUAUUUGUCGCGCUGUAGUUUACAUAAUGUUGGUAUAGUCGAGUAAAGUGGAGUUAUUGUUAAUUAUUUGCAUUUGAUAUCGUUAGCUAGCGUAAUGUUAAGUCGUUGAUGUUAUAAUAUUGUAAGCUUGACGUAGCGAGCCACUCUAGUCAUACACACACACAUACAUAAUACAUACACACAACGUAGUGACUACAAGUCAGUAGCUGUAGUAGUACGUAGUGAAACUUUGUACAGAUUUUGUUAAAUCAGCAAAUGUGAUAAUAAAUGAAUAUGAUUCUC